AAAAUUUCGUAGGCACUUUGUAGUUAUUGUUAGAGUUUGAAUAUGUCGAGGGCUAAAAUAAUCGAGCUGGACGAUACCAACACUUGUGAAAUAUGCGAUAACGCUCUAGCCAAGUACACCUGCCCCAAAUGCCAAAUCCGCUACUGCUCACUAACAUGCUACCAAUCCGAAAAACACCUCCAGUGUUCAGAAGAAUUCUACAAAAGUUGCAUCGAAGACGAACUCGCCCAUGAAACCAACGAAGAAUCCAGGCGGAAAAUGCUGGACAUUUUGAAACGGAACCACCUGGAGAAUAACGUGGACGAUAGUGAGCUGGACUCGGACGACGAGGAGGUGGCGGACAUCGCGGACCGCCUGGCCGGGGUGGAUUUAGACGACGCCGACCAAGUCUGGGACAAGCUCACCCAAGACGAGCAACAAGAGUUCAUCGCGUUCUUAAAGUCUGAAGACGUCACCAAGUUGAUACCAAGUUGGACCCCUUGGUGGUCACACUCUUCCAAAAACGUGGAAGACGUGCAGACGUCCAGCGAGUACAAAAAAGAGUGCCCCCAGCUCUUAAAAAUCAAAAGUUUUCACGAAAUUUCGAAAAAGAAACCGGCGAAUUGCGUCAAAUACAAUUUGAUUAACGUGGUGGCUGCUUAUGCGUUCGCUACGCGGUAUUUUAACGGCGAGCACCACGAUUUUUGCAAGGAGGUUAUAACGUGCGUGGUGGCGAUUUCCUUGUGCUUGAAAAUAAACCAGAAUUUCGAGGACUUCGAGACUGCUGUGAAGUCAGUGGAGUUCCAGUGCACCGAGAGCGACUGGAUCGUCGCGGACUCGGAAAAUUUCAAGCUCCUCAGGGACGACCUCGACAAAAUCCUCAAAGGGCCGGGUACAAGCGAGCCCAAUUUCUACACCUUAUGCGCCCUUUCGGACCUCCACACCCUUUUGAGCUCGUCGCUCAUAAAUAAAGACCACAAGACCUCCUUCAGCAAGAACUUCCCCAACGACCACUUCCCCGAGGUCAAACUAGAGUCAAAAAACAAAAUCAAGAGCUGUCUCAAAAAAGUUGAGUAUCUUCUAUCGUUUGCCAAAGAUCAUACAAUGUAGGUUCAAUUUUUGUGGAUAAUUUGUGGUACAAAGUCCGGUUUGAUUGCUUUGGAGAGCGACUCGGCAUACAUAUCCAAUCUUUGCGUCAUCUGUACAAAAAAAUUAUUGUAAAAAUUAAUGUGA